AUGCCUCGGCACGGCGGGCCGGCACGGGCACGGCCCUGCACGAGUCAGCACGGGCUCGGCCUACCCCAUCCCCGGCCUCCCCGCUCGGCCGCCGUGCCGCCCCGCCCCCAGCCUCCCCACUCCGUCGCCAGCCGCUCCUCCCCCGACCUCCCCGCCCAGUCGCCCGGCCGCCCGGCCGCCCUGCUCCGCCCCACCGUCAUGCCGCCCCGUCGCCCUGCCCCCAACCUCCCCGCCCGGCCGCCCCGCUCUGCCCCACCAUUGUGUUGCCUCAUCCCCAGCCUCCCCACCCCGCCGCCCGAUCGCCUCGUCCCCGACCUCCCCACUCUGCCGCCUGGCCGCCCCGCUCCGCCCGGCCACCCCGCUUCGCCCUUCCACCGCGCCCCCGGCCUCCUCACCCCAUCGCCGGCCGCCCCGCCUCGCCGCCAGCCGUGCCCGCCGAGUCACUGGGCCAACCGUGCCGCAACAGUGCCCGGGCCGACCCGGCACGACACGAUGGCAGAUGGGCCGUGCCGUGGGCCGAGGGAGCGGCACGCGGGCCUACACGGCAUGGCCCGUUACAGUAGCUGGGCCAAUUGGGUUGUGUCGUAG